GCUUAGCAUCCGCUCUCUCCUUAACCAUUUACUUUGGUCCGUCUUAUCAACGCCAAGCUCAAACGACAGUUAUGCACCAUGACUUCCACCCGUGAGACCACUGGUAAGAAGCAGAAGUUGUCGCCACACUCCUUGUGGGAAGCAAAGGACAUUUGGGUCAAUAACAUCCUCCCUUGCUUGGGAAUGGGGCAGUAUGCCUACCUUGGCUGAGUCAACAAGCAGGUAAAUCAACAUUACAAGGACUACUGUGAUGGUGUGAAGAAUCCACCCAUGGUGAAAGAUGGCAAUGGAAGUUUGGUUCAAGCAACCAGUACUGAUUUUUUCUACAGCAUCACAUUUUGCAAUGACGCUCGUGCUGACUACUGGCACCAUGACAAAUCAGCCCACAAAUCCCCACUUCCCAAUCAAGUCUGCACAACACUUGCAAAGCUCGGAAAGCGUGCCAUGAUUCGAUGGGCCCGAGACAAGGGAUAUCCAUGGGAUUCUUCAGUCUGCGCUGAUGUUGCCCGUAGUGGAAAUUUGGAAUUGCUGCGGCUGGUUCGAGAUUAUGGCUGUCCAUGGGGAGCAUCUACUACUGCUAUGGCUGCCCAAGGAGGCCAUAUUGCCUGCAUGUUAUGGGCCCAUGGCCAAGGUUGUCCAUUGGAUGAAACGGCAUGUGCGAUGGCCGCUGCUGGUGGGCAAGUGGAUGUUCUCGUUUUCUUGUAUUCCGGUGGCUUUCCUUGGGAUGAAACAACCUGUACCAUGGCCGCCAGAUAUGGACAUUUUCUCGAACUAGAGUAUGCCCAUGAUCAAGGUUGUCCAUGGGAUGCAGCAACAUGUGCUGCUGCUGCCGAAGGAGGCUAUUUGGAAAUCCUCAUGGGCAGUCCAUGGGAUGAACGAACAUGUGCUAUGGCUGCUUCUUGUGGACACUUGCGUGUUUUGCAGUGGGCUAGAGCCCAUGGAUGCCCUUGGGACAAGACAACUCUUCAGAUGGCCGAAGACAGUGGACAUUUGGAAGUGGUACAAUGGGCCCGUGACAAUGGUUGCCAGUAAUACUAGCCUGGUUUGUUUGAUAUCCUCGCUGCAGAAUUCAGAAUUCAGAAUCCUCAGGUCGUCCGUAGAAAUUAAAAAUAAGCCAUGAGCUUGCAUUGGGA